GUGGUGAGGAGACUAACUUACACAACUGUGAGAUUCCAUAAGUCUUCAGGGUUGCAGAGCAGAAGAAGGCCUGAUGAGACUCAAGUGUCCAAAGAAUCUGGUCACAGAGAUCCCCCUGCACUGGAAGAAACCAUCCUGAGUGAGGUAACCCAGUCACAAAAAGACAAACAUGAAUCUUCAGUCCCCUGGCUCCUCAUUGUGAUACCUCUUGGAAUCCUUUGUUUCAUUCUUCUGGUGACAGUUGCAGUGUUGGUGACACUCAUUUUUCAGUGUAGACAAGAACUACAGGAAAAUCAAAACAACCUCAAUCAAAGUUACAGCACCAAGCAAAAUAACAGCAGCUUAAGUGAAACGUUGAAAAAUAAGCCUACAGAGUGUGAUAGCUUCAAAUCGCAGGAGAAACAGGACUUUCUCAACAGAUUCUGUGGGAAAACUAAGGCUGAUUUAGAUUGCAAAGGGCACACAGUCAAACAUGUUGAAGGACACUGGUUCUGCUGUGGCAUAAAAUGUUUUUAUUUCCUCAUGGACAAUAAACACUGGAAUGGAUGUAAACAGACCUGUGAGGACUGCAGCUUAUCCCUUUUGAAGAUCGACAAUGAUGAUGAACUGAAGUUCUUGAAGGUCCAGCUUACUACAAGCAGUUACUGGAUUGGAUUGUCAUACAAUAUAAGCAAAAGCAAUUGGCAAUGGAUUGGUGAUGGCUCGUCUAAACUUGAUUUGAUGAAAAUAUCCUCACUACAGAAACAUAGAAACUGUGCAUUUCUCAGUUUUAGAGGUAUAGAACCUGAAGACUGUGGUAGAACCCAUCCCUGUAUCUGUGAAAAGAGAAUGGAUAAAUUCCCUGAUUUGGAGUACCAUAUGAAGGAAGAGUAAAAAUGGAACAUUUUGUCAUCUUUCUUGGUAUCCUGUGAUGAUUUGUGACUAUUCAAUGACUGAGUGUUUUAACCACCAGACUCCAUCAUCUGGGAAAAUAUGGCAAUGUGCUGGAAAGGAAAGAAAUAUUCUGCUGAAAUCUAACUUAACACACCUGAAGCUAUCUUUUUUCCUACUAACCAUAGCAGCUCAUGUCUGGGAAAAUGAAUGUCCUUCACUCAGUACACCAAGGAUUGACUCCUUGUUUCCUGGAUGACACACAGAACCAAAUACAGAAUCGUGAUUAAUAGAAUCCUGAUAAAUAGCUCAUGUAACUCAUCAUCACUAGGAUAAACCAUUUCUAUAUACCAUUGCUUUAAUAUCACAAUUAAGAAAUAGGAUGCAGUUUGGGGAUUCUGUUUGUCAGUUGUUUGUGUUUUUGUAGGUAGAAGAAGUGAUAUUUAGAAGGGAUUUAUUUUCUGUAAAAUACAAUUACAGAUGUGAUGAAUAGUUUCCAGGUUAGUUCAAGAAACUCAUAUAGACAUCCAUAGUUCAUAUGUGUCUCAUUCUCUCUCUCUCUCUCUCUCUCUCUCUCUCUCUCUCUCUCUCUCUCUCUCUCCCUCUCUCUCUCUGUAUCUGUCUCUUCAUGUCUGUUAAGUUGAGACCCCCUAGAUACAGUAAUAAUCAUUGAGGUCAGCUGGAUGUCAUGGUACAGACAUAUAAUCUUAUAUGUACACGACUGUAAAUGCACUCUAGGCUACACAGUAUGUUUGAAGCUAGCAUGAACCAGAGAAUGAGACUCUGUCUCAUGAAGCAAAACAAUAAUGAUGAAGAUGAUAAUAACUCUAAACUUUCUAUAAAUAUUUUCCAGGGAAUUUCUAUUUUAUCAUCAUACUAAAAUGAAAAAGGAGCUUAGUAAUGACCUAGUAGUAUGAUCUACUUCAUAAUCCAUAUUAAAAAUUGUCCAUUUUCUGUAUUAGUAUUUCCUCACUUUCACUAUCAUUAGUGCUUUCACUUGCAAUGUACUUUAGCUAAAAAUGGUUAUCAACUUGUGAUGUCUUUAUUUUGUUGAUCGACAUUAGAGAUAUCAAAUUUCACCUUCAUGUGUGAAUGUAAUAAAAUGUCUCCACUGUAAGCCAUGAGAAAUAUGGAUAUGUACAUCUCUUUCAAGAACCAUUGUUCAGGCUAGUUUCAUGUCAACUUGACAAAACCUAGAUACAUCUGAAAAGAGGGAACCUCAAUUGAGAAAGUGCCUUAGUAAGAUCUGGCUGUAGGCAAGCCUAUAGAGCAUUGUCAUAAUUAGUGAUUGAUUAGGUGGUCCCAGCUAUUUGUAUGUGGUGUCAUCCCUGGGCUGGUGGUCCUGAGUUCUAUAAGAAAGCAGGCUGAGAAAUCCAAUGGAGACUUCCAGUAAACAGCAUCCCUCCAUGGUCUGUUAAUCAGCUCUUGCUUCCUAGUUCCUGCCAGGUUUGAAUUCCUGUCUUGACUUCCUUCUAUGAUGAGCAGCAAUGAUGAAGUGUAAGUCAACCUUUUCCUUCUCUAUAACUUGAUUUAUAGUCAUGGUGUUUGUCCAACAAUAGAAACCCCAACUAAGAAAACAAUCAAACCAUAACAGGGCAAUAUUUUCUACCCAAAGUUCUUUUCUACUCCUUUCCCUACUUGGGUCAUGGAAAGCAGACAUGUGCUCCCUAGUAUUGUAAAUAGUAUGGCAUAGUGCAGAGUGUCAUAUACUAUGUGUUAAUUUGUAUUCAGCUCCAUAUUUCUCUGAAUCUUUUACUACUAAUAUUAUCUUAUUUUAUAAGUUACUCAAGUUUUUUUUCACAGAUAAGUGGUCCAUUUCUCUUGUUACAAUGCACUGUGGUAUUACACAUAUAUGCCAUGAUAUUUCUCCAUUCACAUGUGAACAUGUAGUGUUUCUAAGUUUUAUCAAUGUGAAUAAAUGUCUCACUUCAA